AUGUUGCAGCCCUUGAGGUGUGGAAUUUCUGGAGGGGAAAGAGCCUUGACAAAGCUGACACUUAUCAACUCACUGCUUGGACAUCGUGUACUUCAGAGUUUACACAUAAAAGUUGGAGACAAAGCCGAACUCACCAAAGCUUUUACACAGACAGAUGUUGUUACUUUUUCUGAUUUAACAGGUGACACAAAUCCUUUGCAUUUAAAUGAAGAUUUUGCAAAGAAGUCUAGGUUCGGGAGAACUAUUGUGCAUGGAGUUUUGAUCAAUGGACUUAUUUCUGCAGUUCUGGGUACCAAAAUGCCCGGUCAGGGUUGUGUAUUUCUUUCUCAGGAGAUCCGAUUUCCGGCUCCUUUGUAUACUGGUGAAGAAGUUGUGGCUGCAGCGGAAGUUAAACGACUGAAGGGUUCUAUUGCACACAUUUCAGUGUCAUGCAAAGUGAAAGAAAGUGGAAAGACUGUCAUGGAAGGGCUGGUGAAAGUCAUGGUGUCAGACAGUUAGAGCCAUUGAUUCUGUGCUGCUUUACUAUAAAAGCCAGAACUGUAUGUUUGAUUCUGACUCUUUUUAUGUGACAUCACUUAAUCCAGUAAAUUUGCAACAAGACUCCUACAUUUCAAAGCCAGUGCACAAACUUAAUCUUGACAGAACUACAUUAAACUUUUCAUUUUUCCCUGUGUACUGCCAAAAUGAAACUCACAGAACUAGGCACUUACUGUGACAAAAGUGCCACUUUUAGACAAGCCUUCACUCUGCCACACUGGGAAGUGUGGAGUGGCGGGGUUUAUAUUGAAGCUGUUCUUUUAGCCAAAAUUGCAGUCCACGUUAGAUAAGUUCAGUUAAAACUUGGUCCUUCCUUAUAAAGUAGUGAUAUUAUUAACAAGCAUGGGAUGGAGGGAACAGUGCUGUGUGUUUAACAAGCAGGACAGACACACAUGUUUUGCAAUGUUCUAGCUAGUAAAGCCCACUUUAUCUCUGCAAGUAAGUAGUAGUCAGCCUUCACAUGUUGAAUAUACUCUGGUUUGGCUGGAGGUGUGGCUCUUUCAAUAGCUUCACAUUCUUUGGCUUUAAAAAAAAAAGCUUUAAGAAAGCUUUGCCUUCUCAUGCUCCUGUGGGCAAGACAAGCAGGAACAAUUUGGUUGAGCACUAACCAACAAACUCCCUUAUGCCCAUUUGGUUGCUGGUAAAGUAGGAUUUUGGUAAAUUCAUUUGUGAAUCACCUGGGUUAAAUUAUUUUAGUAUGAACAAGGUUAUUACACACUAAAGAACAUUUUUUUCAGGAAUGAUGGGAACCAUCAGGAGUAAAAGUAUAGGCUGUCUUGAACUGGUAGCUCAUCUGUCUUCAAUUGGUGGCUCACAAUUUUCUGGGAAAGCAUCUCUUAUACUCCCCUAUCCUUGCUGCAUUUGUAACUUUUCUUGACUGCAAAUAACCUCAGAAGUUGUUUGCUGCUAUGGAAAUGGGAGUUUGGCCUUAAUCUCUGAUGAAAGCUACUGGUGAAGCAGUUCCGCUCUCUUGAGUGUGCUGUUUUGUUCUUAAACACAGCUGCACGGUAACAGUGACGCCCCCAGGUCACUGUCCACUAAAGUCAAGAGUGGAUCAGAGAGAAGGGUAACGUUAAGCUCUUUGACUUCACUGUGCUCUGUUUUCAUAGCACGAGAGUUUGACCUGUUCAGAGCAUGGAACCAGUGCUUAGUGAGAGCUCUCCUCAUCUGGUGUCUGUAAGAGCAGCCUCACUUCCCAUUUCCUUCAUUGCCUGGUCACUGGCUUUUACAGCACAAAAUGUUUCUCAAAGCAGGCAUUCUCCUUCCCUCAUUCACCUGCCUCUCGGGAUAGGAAGGCAACAUGUUAAUACCUAUUAACAAAUCAAGUCCAUGACUGACCUCCUGGGUCAGGAAUAGUUUGGAAGGAGUCAAGAUUACUGUUCUUACCUGAGAUUUAGCUGCUUAACGGCAGCACAAAGUCCAUUUUCCUGCCAGUGGGGAGUUGCAGGAUGCAGACAGGAGGCAAUUUUCAGUAACUGAAGUGUAUGAACAGCUCAAGCUCUGCAUCCUACAUCAUACAGGAGAUUAAUUCCUGCAUAAGGUGUGAAAAGGAAAAAGGAAAUACAGACCAGUGUCCAGUGGGCAGGAGGUUCCCAAGUACGAAGCAGGAGUGGAAGAAAAGUUUUUACAGUGCUACAGUGAGUUCGUUUGUGGAACUCGGUUGAACAACAACUUUAAAUCUGUGUU